AUGCCUAGGCCUGAUUUAGCAGCACUAGGCAUCUCGUACAGACGCAUUCCCUUGCUCGCUAUCGGUCGUCAUGUGUACUGCGAUUCGAGGUUGAUUCUCCAAGCAAUUCGACGACUGCUUCAGGACUGGCUGAAUGAUCAAAUUUUCUGGCAUGCAUCACGUUGCUUACCGUUCGAACGUUCUGCAGUUGCUAGUAGUCCAGCAUUUCUAAAUGACAGGUCCGAAGCGCUUGGCAGACCAUUCAGGAUUGAGGACAUGAUAAAGGAAAGACCAGAGUCGUAUGCCUAUAUCCGUGCCAUGUUCCAAACGCUUGAGUCGUUCCUGGAAGAUGGCCGUGACUGGUUUGUUGGCAGUGAACAGCCAUCGCUAGCAGAUAUUGAUGCUGUUUACAUUGCGCAAUGGCUCGUAACGAAUCCAUUGAUGGAAGGCGCGACGCCGGAAGCGUUUAUUUCCGAGAAGCUGUUUCCCAAAACAUAUGCUUGGGUCUAUCGAUUCAAGCAGGCGUUGAGAGAUGCUGAAUCUGGAGCAACUGUGGCUACAGUUGUUAGUGGCCAGGAAGCUUUGGACCAGAUCACUUCAGCCCCGGUUACUGCUUUGCAAGGCGAUAUCAGUGACACUGACCCGCUCGGCCUGAGAGUCGGCCAGGCAGUGAGUAUACAUCCAACUGACUGGGCAUCAAAACAUAUUGAUCACGGUGAGCUCGUGAUGUUGGCCGCGGAUCAGGUGUGCAUUCAAAAUGCUCGAGGUGUUCUGGUCCAUUUCCCUCGUUGGAAAUUCCGGGUUCAGGCAGCCGAGGAGGACAGAUCUUCCACCAGCGUCCCUAUAACGGAUGGUCUACCACUAAUAGAUCGUCCUCAUCGGCUCUUCUACCACCCGCUAUCCCCUUUCUCGCGCAAAGUGUAUAUGUUUGCACUAGAGUUGGGCACGGCAGAUCGAAUCGAGCUUCAAAAGGUGGUCGUUGCCCCAGUCAAGUAUCCUGGAUGGUCUGAUGAUGUCCCCACUGUCGCCGAGUCAAACCCUUUGGCAAAACUACCGACUCUAGUCCUCGGCAACAACGGCGAUGGCGUUUACGACUCACAAGUGAUCUGCGAUUUUCUAGAAGACGAAGCCUUGACAAACAAGCGGUCUGAUCUUGGACCACGCAACUGGCGCUUGAGAACUCUUCACGGUUGUGCGGACGGCAUGAUGGACGCGCAAGUACUCAUCUUUUACGAGAAAAAGAUCCGUGCUGAAAACAACAUUGCAUACCAAGCCUGGAUUGAUGGACAGAAUGAGAAGAUUUUGCGGGGUCUUGACCAAUUCGAACUCGAAGUUGGUCGUGGCACGCUUCAAGCACUGGCUAACGAUACACCAGCAUCAGCGGCUGAAUGUGCGGUGGCCACUUCAGAAUGGUUCCAGCAAUGGCAAAAGAGAGGUUCUUUUAUCAAGAGUCGCGCCGAUGUGGAUUGGAAAACCGGCGAGGCUGUCGAUAUUGGAUUCGGCCGAGAUGUGCUGAAUGGCAAAAAGGGUUGA